AUGGCAACACUUGCAGUCUGCAAUCACACUAUAGCAACUGUUGGUACCUUCUCCUGGUGGAUUGGUUACUUGGCUGGUGGAGAGGUUCUGUAUUACAAUGACUGGCCGAAAAAAGGUACCAAACUUGAUAAUGAAGUGAUAAAAGAAGAAUAUUUUCCACCUUCCUGGAUAGGGCUGACGUAA